AUGGCGAUCAAAAUUCUUCCGUUGCUUCCAUGGCAGACGACAGUGCUCGCGACCGCACGGGAUUCUGCAGAAUCAGCAAAAGCGGUGCAUGAGGUAGCGCUCGUUCUUUUCGUCCUUGGCUUCGACAAGCAAGCAAAUGUUCUUCUCACAACAGUCUACGACCACAGCAAUGGCUUGGCGUUCGAUCUCAAUACUAACACGGCCAUGCUAUACUAUGCUUGGGAGGCAUUCAACUGCCUACCGUCAUGGAUACAACGCUCAGAUCCAGAAAAGCCGUUUCGUAGUCGUGAUCACCUUGUACGCGAUGAACCUCUUUGGAACUAUUUCAAAGACAAAUGGGCUGAUGGACUGCCGGAAGGCCUUCUGCAGAAAGCUCUUGACAACGGCCAUGUGAAGGAUGCUGAACUGCAGGUCUUGAUCAAAGAGUCCGAAGAUCAAGAUCACGACAUCAUGACAGAGAUAGCAGGAUCCAUCGGUGCUGUGGUACAGGCCACAUCGCUAGCUGGAGAGACCGAAGCAGCGAGAUCGAUUGCAGAAACAGAUGUCGCAAACCUGUAUCGUCACUUUCAGGACCCCACGAACCAACCGGACGUCUACAAGGAUGAAAUGAGGGCCUGGAUAAAAAACGACUUGGCCUUUGCCAUGCGCCGAAUAUUUGGAAGUACUUGA